AUGAAAAAAAAUCUGGGCAGUGGCUCCCGGGCUCUCCCUCCCCCCUCGCCCUCCCCAUCCUUCCCAGCAGAUUCUGUCCGAGGAAUCCGCUCCCCCUCCCGGAAUCUCCGCGGCAAGAACGCUGCCCGGGAGGGGGAGGGCGGGCGGAGAGGCCGAGGAAUCUUCGACGUGUCACUUUCAGAGGCUGUAGAUUUCCAUAUGGUGGAGGGAGGAGGGCGGGCGUGCGAAGUGGGGCUGGAAGUUGGGGCCGCCUCUCCGCGCCGGGCGGGGGCGGGCCGGGACCUCGGACCCCGGGAUGCUCGCGGGGAGGGUCCGGGCCCACAGCCCCGGGAGCCGUGCCGGCCCCCUGCCCCCGGCCGGGCCUCUCCAGGACACUCCCCGCCCCGCCGCUGGCCACCUCCGUGCGCGCCACGUCCUCCCUCUCCGUCCUGCCCCCCGGGCUCCCCCCGGGCUGGGGGCGGUAACCCGCGGCACCGGCAGGACUCGGCGAGACCAGCGGCUGGAAGAUCGGGCGGGGGAGCGGGGCGCGGCGGGAAGGAGCGGGCGACCCGGUGUGUGGGCCAGCGAGCUCCGGCCUUGGGCAAAAAUGCACCGCUCUGUUCUGAUUGCUACUGUCUGAGUUGCUCUUCCACUCUGCAACUUGAAGCUGUGACUCGGGUCCUGGACAGGCGGGAGAAGAGGCCUAUACCCCAAGGCA